AUUCCCACGUCAUCCUUUGCCAGCUACAACCCUUUAAGUUUGUUUGGGUGUUGGAGGUUCGGGAUGGGGAAGGAAGGGGGAACAUCUCGCAGCCACUCGAUCAAAAGGACAAUAAGUGCUACCAGUUUCUCAAACAAUUAGGUCUACAUCCUAACUGGCAGUUUGUUGAUGUAUAUGGAAUGGAUCCUGAACUCCUUAGCAUGGUACCAAGACCAGUGUGUGCAGUGUUGCUUCUCUUCCCUAUUACAGAAAAGUAUGAAAUAUUCAGAACAGAAGAAGAGGAAAAAAUAAAAUCUCAGGGGCAAGAUGUUACAUCAUCAGUAUAUUUCAUGAAGCAAACCAUCAGCAAUGCCUGUGGAACAAUUGGACUAAUCCAUGCUAUUGCCAACAAUAAAGACAAGAUGCACUUUGAAUCUGGAUCAACCUUGAAAAAAUUCCUGGAGGAGUCUGCAUCAAUGAGCCCUGAAGAACGAGCCAGAUACCUGGAGAACUAUGACGCCAUUCGAGUUACUCAUGAGACCAGUGCCCAUGAAGGUCAGACUGAGUCCUCCUCGCCAUGCUCAUCACAGCCUCAUUCUAGCCACUGCAGAGAGAAGGCCUCGUCCUGGUGUCACCAUGCAUCCCUGCCCUGGGUCAAACGUAACCAUGUAGACCCUGCAAAGGUCACCAGUCCACCUCUCCGUCUUCGUCGCUGGCGACCCUUCUUACGCCUACCAUCUUUGGGUCUCCAUUCUGUUGCACCAAAUAUAGAUGAAAAAGUAGAUCUUCAUUUUAUUGCAUUAGUUCAUGUAGAUGGGCAUCUCUAUGAAUUAGAUGGACGGAAACCAUUUCCAAUUAACCAUGGGGAAACUAGUGAUGAAACUUUAUUAGAGGAUGCCAUAGAAGUUUGCAAGAAGUUUAUGGAACGUGACCCUGAUGAACUGAGAUUCAAUGCCAUUGCUCUUUCUGCAGCUUAGCUUGUCCAGAAUGGAAGCACCAAAUACUAUAUUAUUUGCAACAAAAUUAAGUUUCUUCUGCCAUACACUAACUCAAAAAUUUUGAUAUUUUCAUUAACUUGACUGAUUAAACUUUAUGUGAACUAA